CCUGGGCUUUGGGGCUGCUGAAUGUGAGCAGAGACAUCUAUGCCCAGACAUUUGGCCAAGUUUUAAAUGUUCUCCGUCCCCGGGCGGGGAGGGGAAGGGCUGACGGGAAACAGAGGCCUCUUGCUGUCUGGGCCACGGCCUCGCCCUCCGGGUCCCUCUCUGUAGGCCCUCGGAACUCUGUGCUCCUGGCGUUUGCCCUGCUCUGCCUGCCCUGGCCCCAGGAGGUGGGCGCCUUCCCAGCCAUGCCCUUGUCCAGUCUGUUUGCCAACGCCGUGCUCCGGGCCCAGCACCUGCACCAGCUGGCCGCCGACACCUACAAAGAGUUUGAGCGGGCGUACAUCCCGGAGGGACAGAGGUAUUCCAUCCAGAACGCACAGGCUGCCUUCUGCUUCUCGGAGACCAUCCCGGCCCCCACGGGCAAGGACGAGGCCCAGCAGAGAUCCGACGUAGAGCUGCUCCGCUUCUCCCUGCUGCUCAUCCAGUCGUGGCUCGGGCCCGUGCAAUUCCUCAGCAGGGUCUUCACCAACAGCCUGGUGUUCGGCACCUCGGACCGGGUCUACGAGAAGCUCAAGGACCUGGAGGAAGGCAUCCAAGCCCUGAUGCGGGAGCUGGAAGAUGGCAGCCCCCGGGCCGGGCAGAUCCUGAAGCAAACCUACGACAAGUUUGACACAAACUUGCGCAGUGACGACGCGCUGCUCAAGAACUAUGGGCUCCUGUCCUGCUUCAAGAAGGACCUGCACAAGGCUGAGACGUACCUGCGGGUCAUGAAGUGUCGCCGCUUCGUGGAAAGCAGCUGUGCCUUCUAGUUGGUGGGCAUCUCGGUUGCCCCCUCCCCAGCGCCUCCCCUGACCCUGGAAAGUGCCACUCCAGUGCUCACUGUGCUUUCCUAAUAAA